CUGUUUUAUUGCAAUACAGCCAUUGACAUUUGGUCUGUGAUUCACUAUUACAUGUGAUGAUUUGUGUGGUAUGUCUUUCAAGAAAGUUCUUGUUUAGAGUGACUUAUGGUCAUCAGAGCGGUGAUUCUUUUGCAAUCAUGAUUUAGUGUAAGGACGUUCAGCAUGCCAAGCACGAUUCGAUGGGGAACCCAGUUAUGUGCCCUUGGAAUUCUAUCUAUACUGCUGCCAUUCUUGCAAGUAUCUGGUCGAAUCUGUGGACCUUCAAAUAAAACAGGUCCUGUGUUCUUCACCCAAGAUCUGAAUGUGGCGGAGUACAUCAACUACGGGGCGUCCAAAGCCUUGCUCUGCUGCGCCAGUGGUUUCAACUCCAUUCAGUGGCAUAUCCUGAACCAGGGUGCGGCCUGGGAACCAUACCCCCCUGACUCCACGGGAACCGACGAACCCCAAACAGAAGAGGAGGGUCAGGUCCUGAGGAUUUAUCACGCCAUGGAUUUCCAGAACACAAAAUUCCGGUGUGACUUGAUUGCGAAAAAUGGAUCAGUGGUGAAGUGUCACACAGUACGGCUGUAUGUCUCUCAUUGUUCCACACGAGCAAGGGGACCAAUACUCAUUGAGCCUUUCCCACAAAACCAAACCAUAUACGACUAUGGCGGGAAUAUAAACUUUUCAUGCACUGGCGAUUUUGGGUGUUACAAGCGCAAUGACGUGCAGAUUGUUAUGUGGUCAGUGGACACUAUUGAAAAUAAUGCUUCAGGUUUCAGCGACAGAUACCAUCUUGUCACCAAUAAAAGCGAGGACAAAACAUCACUGGGAGUUACUCUGACCAUAGAGAAAGUGGAGCCAAUUGAUACGACCAGAACUUUUAUAUGUACUAUCUGGAAUGACCAAUCUGAUCAAGGGCAGACUGACAGAUCGGUGAGGAUAACAAAGAAAGAAAGACCAGAGCCGCCCACAAUAGCGAUAGUGAUUGCAGUUAUCUCUUGUAUUGCCAUCGCAUCGCUGGUAUUGCUGGUGUACAAAUGCUAUGGGCCUCAGGUGAAAUAUAGGAUGUAUAUGUACUGCCCCUGCUGUCGUCGCAAGGUUUUGGAUGAGGACAAGUAUGAGUUCCAUGUGUUUAUUUACCACGCUGAAGAGGACAGAGGAAAGGCAGAGACGAUCAAGCAGAAGCUUAAGGAUAAACACUGUGAUGUGUUGAUAUCUGCUGACAUUAUCGCGGGAAGAGAAACCAUUAGCGAAACGUUAGCAUGUUUCGAGAAUAGCGCGACAGUUUAUUUUCUGUAUACUGAGAAUUUGCUUGAUGAUAAGAUGGCUCUGAGAUUCAUCACAACCUUGAUCGAGUAUGGGAAAGAUAUUCUCUGUUUGGAAGUAGAUGCCUUUGAACCGCAGCACGUUAUCAGAACAGAACAGAACAGAACUAUCACAACUAUCGAGGAAGGACAAAUGGAGACCGAUGGUUCAGUUCUGAAUGGUAUUGAGAUUAGACCAGAAAGUAAUGAUAUUAGCUUUUGGAAGCGUCUUCCGAAAGUUAAGGUUCCAAAUGAAAAUAAUUCGCAGCGAAAACAGAAGAAUUUCUGGUGUUUUCUGCUAAACAAACUCCCAAAACCUAAGCAGGAAACUGUGGUUAAGGCACAGACGAAUCUUGACGAUGUCGAACGAAACCCUCUUCUUGCGCUGCCCACUCCUAUGAGCGUUAUAGGUACACAUCAAUAGGAAAGUCCGGCAUCAGAUGCUGUGUUUGUAUUUCCUGAGAAUGAGGUGCAACAACAGAACCCGCAGACAGCUACCAUAUAUGAUGGGAACCUAGACCUGGUAAAACGGCAGGAUUUUGAACAUGAUAUCGCCAUAGUCCAUGAGGUCGUGAAUGCUUAAGAAACAGGGAAUGGACGAAAAAGUAUUGUAGCAGAUAAUCAAAUACAUGCAAAUACAGCUGAAGAUUUGUAUAUAAAUAACAAAAUAUAAAGCAACCCUGACAUGUCUUUCCAUGAUGUUGCAUCGCAAAGCGAGGCUAUUGACUUGAUUCUUCCUAUGAAAAAAAAGGUUUUCUUGUCCUCUGGAGAUGGAUCGCCUCCAACGAGUGUCGGCGUAUCAAGCCCUUCUGAUAACAAUGACGGUCUCUUUAGAUCGGAUUCCUAUGCAGUCUCUACAAAUGGAGGUAUAUCAGCAGGCAUUUCUGGUCAAAGUGACAGUGGAUACAGCAGAAGUCAGAGGAGUUCAUCAUUUGGUGC